UUAGCAUUUGUGGUUGAAAGUGUAAAAUUCAAAUGCACGUCGUAGCAAUAUCAUUUCUGGUAAUAUAUUCCACAAAUAUUAUAAUUCAAAGUUUACCAAUAAAUAAUGGAUUCUCAGUAAAAUUCAAUCCUAUUUCCGUUCAAGAGGAAGUUAAACCGAAAAUAUUUGGCGCUCUAUUCGCAAAAAUUUCUCAGGUGUUAACGCCGAAGGCUGCCCUUAGGAGGGAAAUUCUCGCUAAGACCCACUCCCCUCAUUUACCGGAUUUGGGUACAGGAUGUUCAAACCAAAUAGUAAAAAUAAUAUUUCCUCACAAAGGCGAGGAUGGUAACUAUAUACAAGAGCGGGUAAACACGAAUUUUCUGAAUCUACCUAUUAUUAAACAACCCUUCGACACAUACAAAAUCUUAAUAGCAACAGCACCGCCGAAUGUGAAAAUGGGUGGAGAUGAUGAUAAACCUAUGGUGAUAUAUAUUGUUUUCCCGGAAGAUGGUACAGAUUCUAUAAAUAUACCUACAAUUUAUUUUGUAAAUAAUAACAACGAAAAACUAUAUAAUGACAGUAAAACGAGUGUGGAUCCAAUUAUAAUUAUUGAUAGUAACCGGACUGUAACAGGAUUGAAGAGCAAAGAAAUACAAAAAUAUGUGAAAUUUAAAAAUAAAUUGGCUAAUCAUUACAAGUAUAAAAUAACACAAUGAAAAUAGUUUCUGUAAAGUACUGAUAACGUUAAUGUAUGAGUGUGGCGUCGGUUCGUAUUAAUUAUGCAACAAUAGUUCGUGUCUAUACGCCAGUAUGAAUUAUUUAAUAAAAAAUUUUAACCUAGUCACAAAUAUAAAUUAAUUUAGUAGAGCAUUAUCAAUACAGACACGAAUACACACAUAUUUUAGGAAAAUAAAUUAUAAUAUGUUAUAAUUGGUAUGUGAAAAUUGACUAAAAUAAGAGAUUUAGGUUUAACUACAGGUUUUGAGAUUACAAAAUAAAACAGCA